GCACUUGAGGGUGGGCGAUUUCCUGGGGGGAGUGGCUUAAGCUGCUUCCCCACCGGCCAGUUGGCUGUAGACGGUCCAUGCUCAAUGGUCCUCUACAGAUAUGAAACUGGUUCUGGAGUGAGAGUGGAACUCAGCUGCGGACGCUGCCUGGGAAGGCCUUUCCCUACAGGCUGACUUAGAUGUCCCAGGCUGGAAGGUGGAGCAAGAAGUGGACGCCCCCAGGGGUCUGGGUCACGCUUGAGGAUGACUUCUCGAGACCAGCUGGUGCAGCAGGUGCUGCGGGAGCUGCAGGAGGCAGUGGAGUCUGAGGGCCUGGAGGGUCUCGUUAGUGCCGCCCUCGAGGCCAAGCAUGUCCUAUCUUCUUUUACCCUCCCCACCUGCCGAGAGGGGGGCCCUGACCUCCAGGUGCUGGAGGUGGACUCAGUGGCUCUGAGCCUGUACCCAGAUGAUGCUCCGCGGAACAUGCUGCCGCUGGUGUGCAAGGGCGAGGGCAGCCUGCUGUUCGAGGCGGCCAGCAUGCUGCUGUGGGGCGACGCCAGCCUCAGCCUGGAGCUGCGGGCCCGCACCGUGGUGGAGAUGCUGCUGCACAGACACUACUACCUCCAGGGCAUGAUCGACUCCAAAGUGAUGCUGCAGGCCGUGCGCCACUCCCUGCGCUCCGAGGAGUCCCCUGAGAUGACCAGCCUGUCACCUGCCACGCUGGAGGCCAUCUUCGACGCAGAUGUCAAGGCCACCUGCUUCCCCACCAGCUUCUCCAACGUGUGGCACUUGUAUGCCCUCGCCUCUGUCCUUCAGCGUAACAUCUACUCCAUCUACCCUAUGCGUAACCUCAAGAUCCGGCCCUACUUUAACCGUGUCAUCCGGCCCCGCCGCUGUGACCAUGUACCCUCCACGCUGCACAUCAUGUGGGCUGGCCAGCCCCUCAGCAGCCACUUCUUCCGCCACCAGUACUUUGCCCCGGUGGUGGGCCUGGAGGAGGUGGAGGCCGAAGCUCCCAGCCUGGCCCCGGCUUCUCCGGCCCUGGCCCCACGGUCACCACUGGCCAAGACCCUGGAGCUGCUCAACCGUGAACCUGGCCUCAGCUACUCCAACCUCUGCGAGCGCUACAGUGUCACCAAGAGCACCUUCUACCGCUGGCGGCGGCAGUCCCAGGAGCACCGGCAGAAGGUGGCCACCCGCUUCUCGGCCAAGCACUUCCUGCAGGAUAGCUUCCACCGCGGGGGCGUCGUGCCGCUGCAGCAGUUCCUCCAGCGCUUCCCUGAUAUUUCCCGCUCUACCUACUAUGCCUGGAAGCAUGAGCUGCUGGGCUCCGGCUCCUCGCCGGCCCUGGCCCCCAAGGAGGAGCUUGCCACGGAGGAGAUGGAGAAGCUGCCGGAGAAGCAGGUGGCCGAGGGGCUGGGGUGCUCCUCGCUGGUGGCGUCAAGCCCUGGAAUUAUCUUAAUGCAGCGGGCCAAGUUGUACCUAGAGCAUUGCAUCUCCCUGAACAUGCUCAUACCCUAUCGCUGCUUCAAACGUAGGUUCCCCAGCAUCUCGCGGUCCACCUACUACAACUGGCGGCGAAAGGCGCUCCGGAGGAACCCCAGCUUCAAGCCGGCACCAGCCCUCUCAGCUGCCGGGGCUGCCCAGCCAGUGUCUGCUGGGGACGAGGCCCUGCUCCCUUGGAAGGGUGAGGAGGGGGAAGGGGCAGGGAAAGCAAUGGGUGGGGGCACACCCGGUCCCCGGGAGCUCCUGCCCCUGAAGGUGCCGCUGUCCCGUUGGCAGAGGCGCCUGCGCAGGGCUGCGCGCAAGCAGGUGCUGAGCGGGCAUCUCCCCUUCUGCCGCUUCCGCCUCCGCUACCCGACUCUGUCCCCUUCUACCUUCUGGGUCUGGAAGAGUCUCGCCCGGGGCUGGUCCAGAGGCCUGUCCAAACUCCAGAUGCAGGCCUCCGCCUUGGGCAAAGGGCGGCAGGAGGCUGAGGAGAAGCAGGAGAAGGAAGUUGGUGGGAGCGGGACAGCUGUGCUGGCCCCACAUGCAGGGACUCUGCCAGUGGGGGCUCGUUCGGGAGAGGAUCCGGUAGAGCCCCAGGGAGGGCCUUCCAGAGAGGGGGCCCUGCGAGAGGGGACGCUGCAAGAGGGGGCUACAGCCCAGGGCCAGCCCCACGGUGAGCCCCUUUCGAGCCACCCUGUGGUGGCAGCGGCGGGUGGCAGUGAUGGCCGGGUGGUGGUGAUGGAUAUGAUCACCACCACAAAGUUCAAGGCCCAAGCCAAGCUAUUCUUGCAGAAGCGCUUCCAGUCCAAGAGCUUCCCCUCCUACAAGGAGUUCAGUGCCCUCUUUCCCCUCACCGCCCGCUCCACCUACUACAUGUGGAAGCGGGCCCUCUACGAUGGCCUCACCCUGGUUGAUGGCUGA